UUGUCCCGUUAUCUCAACGAGAGGGACAUAUUGUAUCUUAUUUCCUCUCCGAGAGGACAUUGUCUCACUCCCUCAAUGUGAGGCUCACUGUCCCACUGCCUCAGUGAGAGGGGUUACUACCUCAGUGAGAGGCCACCGACCCGCUGGCUCUCUGAGAGGAUUACCGUCCCGCUGCCUCAGUGAAAGGACACAAUUGCACUGUAGUUCAGCUCCAACUCCACCAGAUCUUUCCCGCAGUCACAGCCACCUGACCUGCCAAAGUUCGCUGGUGCACACGGGGAGAAGAAGGAGGACGAUGUUGCCGCUGCUGGAGGCUGGCACCUCUUUGAUAGGAAAUGCCGUGGAAAGGGUGGUGGAGGGCAGCUUGACAUCCACGGUGCUGGUCACUUCAGCUUUUAUCUUGAGUGUGGCAUAUUUCUCAAAAAUGACUUUAAAACAGGCCGAAAAUCAGAAGGGUUUGAAAUACCCACCUUAUAUUCACUCCAGUAUUCCAUUCCUUGGACAUGCAAUUGCUUUUGGAAGAAGUCCAAUUGAAUUCUUAGAAAAUGCAUACUGUAAGUAUGGUCCAGUGUUUAGUUUUACAAUGGUUGGGAAGACAUUUACCUAUUUGCUGGGAAGUGACUCGGCAGCUUUGCUGUUCAACAGUAAAAAUGAAGACUUGAAUGCUGAGGAUGUUUACUCCAGGGUGACAACACCAGUUUUUGGCAAAGGAGUUGCUUAUGAUGUCCCAAACCCAAUAUUUUUGGAACAAAAGAAGAUGCUCAAAACUGGUCUGAACAUUGCUCAAUUUAAACAGUACAUCUCUCUGAUUGAAGAGGAAACCCAUGAGUAUUUUAAACGCUGGGGUGAUAGUGGAGUUAAAAAUUUGUUUGAGGCUUUGUCUGAACUGAUCAUUUUAACAGCUAGUCGUUGCUUACAUGGGAAAGAGAUACGAAACCUGCUGAAUGAACAGAUUGCACAGCUCUAUGCUGACCUCGAUGGUGGAUUUACCCAUGCUGCUUGGCUUCUUCCUGGUUGGUUACCUCUUCCCAGUUUUAGGCGGAGAGACAAAGCACACCGAGAAAUCAAGAACAUCUUCUUUAAGGUAAUCCAGAAACGGAGGGGUUCAAGUGAGAAGGAGAAUGACAUACUGCAGACUUUAUUGGAGGCUACCUACAAGGAUGGUACUCCUCUAACUGAUGAUGAAAUUGCAGGCUUGCUUAUUGGUCUACUGUUGGCAGGGCAACAUACUUCCUCCACCACUAGUGCCUGGAUGGGAUUUUUCUUGGCUAAAGACAAAGAGCUUCAGGAACGUUGUUAUGCAGAGCAGAAAGCAGUAUGUGGAGAGGAUUUGCCACCGCUACAGUAUGAUCAGCUGAAGGACAUGAAUUUGUUGGAUCGCUGUUUAAAAGAAACACUGAGGCUCCGUCCUCCAAUAAUGACGAUGAUGAGAAUGGCAAGAACACCACAGGCUGUAGCUGGUUACACCAUUCCUCCUGGUCACCAAGUGUGUGUGUCUCCUACUGUCAACCAUAGACUUCGGGAUACCUGGACUGAGAGGCUUCAUUUCAACCCAGAUCGCUUUCUCCAAGAUAACCCAGCAGCCCUGCAAAAGUUUGCAUAUGUACCUUUUGGUGCAGGUCGCCAUCGUUGUAUUGGGGAAAAUUUUGCAUUUGUACAGAUCAAGACUAUCUGGUCCACUUUAAUUCGGUUGUACGAAUUUGAUCUUGUUGAUGGAUACUUUCCAACAGUAAAUUACACAACUAUGAUACAUACCCCUAAUAAUCCAGUAAUCAACUACAAGAGGCGAAUACAAUGAAAACUGGACUAAUAAAAGUAAUUUUUGUUGUAUUCAGUCACUCAUUUAGGUUUUGGCCCUAAAAUUUAUUUCAUUGAUCUAUUAUAGAUACACCACUAAAAUUUAAAUGAGAUCAUUUAGUACUGACUAUUUAUUACAUGUAAGAUGGUACAAUAAGCCCAUUAAUUUCAUUUUUAGAAUUUAAAUCCCAACUGGUGAGAGGCUUUUCCAGCUUGCUUCUUGAAGGGUAACAUCCCUUAUGCUGGGAUUCUGAAUCCUUUUUUCAUUAAACAAAAUCAAAUCUAAUUAGACUUCAAAACAACACAUCAGGUCUUUUAGUAAAUUACAUGCUUUAUUGAUUCAUUAAUAAAUUGAAAAAAUGAAUCUGGGUCCUGUUUCUUUUGGCAGUACAGAAUCAUCAGAAAUUAAGCAGCUUAUUAGGUCACUUGUAUUUUUGAUUCCAUGCAGUACAAUUAUGCCCCAUCUUCAAAUAUGAAAUUUUGUAAUAUCAUUUGACAAUUUACACUAAUUUCCCUUGUGACAAUUAUUUUAAAAUAAGUACAUUGAGGAAAUGUAAUAAUUUCUUUUUUUUGUGGUUUUCUUACAUUGAAAGUGUGGAAACGGGGUUCUAACAUGAAUAUUAGAAUGGGUAAAUUGAUAUUCAUUUAAUUACAAUUAUUGAAAUGAUGAUCAAAUUUGGGCAAAUUUAGGUACCUCUGUUGAGAGGCUACAUACUGUGUUGAAAGUUUGAACCAUUUUUUCCCAACCUCAAGUUGGGGUUCACAGUUUAUUGCUUCAGCUAUCUCGUUUGCUUGUAAUGUUGGAUAAAAUGAACAAUUGUCUAAUGUGACCAGAUAUUUUGUGAUUAAUGAAAAUUGUUUCAGUGUGACUAUCUUACUGUUUUAAGAAUGUGCCAUUGAAGUAAAGUCCACUACUUAAAUAUUGAAAGUUAAAGUAGAAACUAGUGAAAUUGUUCCUUGCAGUAAAUUCAGUGAAUCUACUGAUAGCUUGUUUAGUGUUGGUAUUUUUUAACGAUAGAUUAAAUGAUAGGUAGCACUUCUUUAGCUGGAGAAAGAAACUUUACAUGGCUGAGGAUUCAGCCAGAUAAGAACAGACUCUGGAUUUACAAAGAUUAGAGUAAAUUUGUGCUUCUAGAAUGAAACAAUGGUGUUCUAAGCAAAGGAAAAUUCUUUAAUUCACCUCACUUUCCAUUGCUAAACACUGGCUCUGAUGCUCCCUAUGAUUUAACAUGAAAUGGCUCUACACACUGUAGUUAGGUGCGUAGGUUGUAUAGGUGCUUUGUAUCCAAGUCCAGGUUGGGAAUUCCUUAGUCAAAAGAUCCAAACAAUACAAUUACUUUCUGUGAUGUGUAAUACUGUUUGUGCUGGAGGUAGAGUUUGCAGUUUUAAAAUAAGUAUUCAAGGGGUGAGUAUUUCAUUGGCUGAGCCAGCAUUUUUGCCCAUCUAGUUGCCCUUAAGAUGGUGAUGGUUAGCUGCCUUCUUGGACCACUGCAAUUAUUUUGGUGUAGAUAAACGCACCCACAGUGCCAUUAGAUCAAGAUAAGACUGGUAAAUGCUUUCUUUCAAGCUAAGUGUAGUCAGACACAUUUAUCACUGUGGAUAUGGUGAGACUAGCUGAAUUGCUCGUGCAGAGAACCAACUCAGACAAGAUGGGCCAAGUGGCCUGUUUGUGUGCUGUAACUAUUUCAUGACUGCAUUUAAUAUACUACUCUAUUCACAACCACCACCAUCUAGAAAGGGCAGUAGAUACCCAGAAACACUGUGACGUACAAUUUCCAUCAACCUGCUCAAUAUUCUGUCAGUGUCACUAGAUCAAAAUCUAGAAUGUCUUCCCUAAUGGCGUUGUGGGUCAGCUACACCAUUGGGACUGCAGUGAUUCAAAAAAAGCAGCUUAUCACCAUCUUUUCAUUAGCAAUUAGGAACAGAUAAAAAAUCUUAUCCUAGCCAGUGAUGCCUGCGUCCAAUGAAUGAAUUACUAAAACUGCAUUAAUACACAGUUACUCUUUGCCUAAAUUUCAUUGUCAUGGUUUUACUGAGUGUGGUGAUUAUUAGGGGAGGCAAUGGCAUUGCCACUGAACUAAUAAACACGAGACCAAGGCUGAUGCUCUGGGAACAUGAUUUUGAAUCCUAUGGGUGAAAGUUAAAUCAAUGAAAGUCUAGAUUUAAAAAAAAACAGCCUAAUGGCAAAUAUAUAGCCGUGAAGUUAUUAAAACCUGAUCUGGUUCAUUAAUGUCCUUAAAAGCAAGGAAAUCUGUCAUCAUUACUUGGUUGAACCUACAUGUGACUUCAAACCAAAGUAGUUACUUCAAGUCGCAGCUAGGAAUGGGCAGUAAAUACUGGGCAAUCAGCAAUACCGAUACCCCAUGAAAUUAAAAAAAUGGCAUUAAAUGACUUAUAAUGUGAUACUGAAA